CUAAGUUUCUUUUUCUCUCUUUUAUUUCCACUUUCGCCCAACCCAUGCACACUACUACCCUCCACAUAGCCCAGAUUGUCUUUUUAUGAAUAUAUAGCAGUUUUCUAUAACGUUAAACGUUCAGUAUUUGAAGUUGUCAUCUUAGGAAGCUGACUCUUUAGAUUUUAUGCUUUGUCUCUUCCAACUCUGAUCAGUAAAGAUGGUUGAUGCUAUAACACAGUCAAAGGGGUUUUCGGAAGAGAAGGAAUAUUCCUUCUUGGAACACCUUUGUUCCUUGGAUAUUGAUACACCUCAGGUAAAGAUGCCGCAUAUGACCAGCAUCAUAGCUACUGUAGGUCCUGCUUGUGAUGACAUUGAAGUACUUAAGGAUAUGAUAAAAGCUGGAGUAAACAUAUUCCGUUUGGUUAUGGCCUAUGGUGAUCGCUAUUCUUAUCACAGCAGAUUUAUAACGAAUAUCCGCCAAGUUUCUAACGAGUUGCUAACGAAUCAUUCCCCAGUCGGUAUUGCCAUUGACAUUGCUGGGCCAGAGGUCAGACUCGGCAAGCUUAAACCGGAACUUGGAAGAGAAAUAUUCUUUAAACAUCGAUCAGUCGUACGAAUCAGCUAUGACUCAGAAAACAUCAACAAUAUGGAUGAUAGCUUCCUGUAUAUAGAUCAGCAGAAACUUAUUGACUAUGCUAAGGUUGACAGUAUCAUUGUCAUUGAGGAUGGACCUCUUUCACUUAUGGUUGUAGAUAAAGAACUGCAGCUUCAGAAGUCCACCUUAAUCUGUGAAGUUAUUGAAGAGGGCCUUCUUGGUAACAGGCAGACGUGCCACAUGAAAGGGAUGCCAGACAUGUAUGAACUGAGUGACAAUGAUAAAAACGACCUGCAGUUUGCUUUGGACGAAAAGGUAGACAUGGUGUUUAUGUCGCUCGUUAGUGAUCGAAAAGUUGUCGAAUUAGCACGAGAUUUUCUUAGAGAGAGAGGAAAAUCUAUAAAGAUUAUAUCAAAAAUUGAAAACUACAAAGGAGUAAAGAAUAUCAAUGAUAUCAUCUCUGUAUCAGAUGGAAUCAUUAUAUCUCGAGGCAAUCUUGGCAUUAGCAUAAAACCUGAAAAGUUGUUCAAAGCUCAGAAAAUGAUCACUGGUCUUGCUAACAUUGCCGGAAAAUCUGUUACAUGUGCAAGCCAGAUGCUGGAGAGUAUGACCAUACAUCCUCGACCUACCCGUGCUGAAGCAGGAGAUGUCGCUAAUUCUGUCUUAGAUGGCAUUGAUUGUGUUAUGUUGUCAUCUGAAACUGCUAAAGGAAAAUAUGUAAUACAAAGCAUCAAAACUUUAGUGCAGAUCUGUCGUGAAGCUGAAGGGGCUAUGUUCGCUUACCAAUUUAUGAAAGAUUUGAGCACAAUCAGUGAUUUUCGUUUGAGCAAAGAGGAGGCCACAGCUCUUGCAGCCGUGAAGGGAGCAAUCAGCUGUGAAGCAAAAGCUAUUGUAGUAGUAACUUCUUCAGGAAAAUCUGCUGCUCUCAUCUCUCGUUAUCGACCACGUUGCAUAGUGAUUGCAGUCACAAGGUCACCAAUCACAGCAAGGCAGCUCCAUCUCUAUCGUGGAGUUCUUCCAGUCAUUGACCAAAGCCCAGUUACUGGUUUUUGGGAAAAAGAUUACAACUUAGGAAUCAAGAAAGCCUUUGAGAAUGCAGUGGAAAGAGGAUUCUUGAAAGUCAAAGACCGAGUUAUGCUGGUGCGUGGUUGGACUGAAGGCAGUGGUUCCACUGAUACGAUGUGUGUGGCUACAGUGCCCGGUGAAAAUGAUCCGCUUCCGAUGACAUAUUAGAUAAUUUUUUUUUCUUUAAAGCUUGUCGAGAGAAAAUUUAUUUCAUUGAUUAUUAAAGCUAUUUCUUCUUAAAAUGAUAUUGGAAUGUAUAAGUUCAAGGGACCAACUUCCUUUAGUUAGCAUACUUGUUUGAGGAACAAGCAAAUAUGCUAAUUUACUAACUCUAGUAAGAUUGAUGUAAAUAAAACUUAAUACUAUACUCAAA